AUGAAGUAGGCACUUUUUGACAAACCGUAUUUGGCAUUUGAAUAUUAAUGCCAUCUAAUGAACACUUGAGGGAUGUUUGUGAAGUUGCCCUUCCAGAGUGAAUUUGGCUCCCAGGCCUAAUCUUUCAUGGCCCUUCUGUUCAUCCUUUCUAAGUUUUUCACCCGUCCUUCAAUUCACCAUUAUUACCAACCUCUUCCACCUUAUGCUAAAAAUAACAUGAAAAUGUUGAACAAUUGAAAAUACAGUGAGGGGAAAAAAGUAUUUGAUCCCCUGCUGAUUUUGUUCGUUUGCCCACUGACAAAGAAAUGAUCAGUCUAUAAUUUUAAUGGUAGGUUUAUUUUAACAGUGAGAGACAGAAUAACAACAACAAAAUCCAGAAAAACGCAUCUCAGAAAUGUUAGAAAUUGAUUUGCAUUUUAAUGAGGGAAAUAAGUAUUUGACCCCCUCUCAAUCAGAAAGAUUUCUGGCUCCCUGGUGUCUUUUAUACAGGUAAUGAGCUGAGAUUAGGAGCACACUCUUAAAUGGAGUGCUCCUAAUCUCAGCUUGUUACCUGUAUAAAAGACCUGUCCACAGAAGCAAUCAAUCAAUCAGAUUCCAAACUCUCCACCAUGGCCAAGACCAAAGAGCUCUCCAAGGAGCUACACAAGGCUGGAAUGGCUGGAUUGUAGACCUUCCCAAGGCUGGAAUGGGCUACAAGAACAUUGCCAAGCAGCUUGGUGAGAAGGUGACAACAGUUGGUGCGAUUAUUCGCAAAUGGAAGAAACACAAAAUAACUGUCAAUCUCCCUCGGCCUGGGGCUCCAUGCAAGAUCUCACCUCGUAGAGUUGCAAUGAUCAUGAGAACGGUGAGGAAUCAGCCCAGAACUACACGGGAGGAUCUUGUCAAUGAUCUCAAGGCAGCUGGGACCAUAGUCACCAAGAAAACAAUUGGUAACACACUACGCCGUGAAGGACUGAAAUCCUGCAGCGCCCGCAAGGUCCCCCUGCUCAAGAAAGCACAUACACAGGCCCGUCUGAAGUUUGCCAAUGAACCUCUGAAUGAUUCAGUGGAGAACUGGGUGAAAGUGUUGUGGUCAGAUGAGACCAAAAUCGAGCUCUUUGGCAUCAACUGAACUCGCCGUGUUUGGAGGAGGAGGAAUGCUGCCUAAGACCCCAAGAACACCAUCCCCACCGUCAAACAUGGAGGUGGAAACAUUAUGCUUUGGGGGUGUUUUUCUGCUAAGGGGACAGGACAACUUCCCUGCAUCAAAGGGACGAUGGACGGGGCCAUGUACCGUCAAAUCUUGGGUGAGAACCUCCUUCCCUCAGCCAGGGCAUUGAAAAUGGGUCAUGGAUGGGUAUUCCAGCAUGACAAUGACCCAAAACACACGGCCAAGGCAACAAAGGAGUGGCUCAAGAAAAAGCACAUUAAGGUCCUGGAGUGGCCUAGCCAGUCUCCAGACCUUAAUCCCAUAGAAAAUCUGUGGAGGGAGCUGAAGGUUCGAGUUGCCAAAUGUCAGGCUCGAAACCUUAAUGACUUGGAGAACAUCUGCAAAGAGGAGUGGGACAAAAUCCCUCCUGAGAUGUGUGCAAACCUGGUGGCCAACUACAAGAAACGUCUGACCUCUGUGAUUGCCAAAAAGGGUUUUGCCACCAAGUACUAAGUCAUUUUUUGCAGAGGGGUCAAAUACUUAUUUCCCUCAUUAAAAUGCAAAUCAAUAUAUAACAUUUUUGAGAUGCGUUUUUCUGGAUUUUUUUGUUGUUAUUUUGUCUCUCACUGUUCAAAUAAACCUACCAUUACAAUUAUAGACAGAUCAUGUCUUUGUUAGUGGGCAAACGUACAAAAUCCGCAGGGGAUCAAAUACUUUUUUCCCUCACUGUACAUAUAUCAUUUUGGGCUUUUGAUGUGGUCUUUAAUGUUUUGGCUGACUUCUUGUACCCUAAACUUCUCCAUCUGUUUCUCCCUCUCAGUCUAAUCAAAGCGGGCAACAAGCCCCAGACGACACCGGGAGGGAAGCCAAAGAAAGCCACCACCUUCCAGGAGUUUGAGAGCAUCACCAGCGAUGCCUGGGAGGUGGGGGACGAUGACGACGAACUGCUCGCCAUGGCCGCACAGAACCUCAACAUUGAGGUCGUCAUGGAAACCGCCAACAAGGUGAUUUCUAUGAUGUGAACAUACAAUGCAGUCAGUCGUCCUUGGGUGUUUCAAAUACGCUUAUUAUGCACUCAUAAGCCCUUUUUAUAUUAACUUAUAAGCCCUUAUAAUACAUUAAGCUGUUUUUAAGGAGUAAAAAAAAGAAAUCUUGUUAUUAUCAUUAUGCAGGUGAUUGAGAACCACAGCAAGCAGCAGGAGAAGCAGAGACAGGACGAUGCCGACGCGUCAGAGCUGGAGGAGAGAGAGGAAGAGGAGGCGCAUGAGGAAGAGGUGGAAGAAGAGGAAGAGCAGGGGGAGGAAGAGGAGGAAUCGACCCCCGAGGUGUCGUUUGCCUCUGAGCCCAGCCCGCUCAGCGAUGGCAGACUGAUGAAGUCACUGAGUGAGGCCCCCAUUGGAUCACCUAAGGGUAAGUAGAUACAGUGGGGAGAACAAGUAUUUGAUACACUGCCGAUUUUGCAGGUUUUCCUACUUACAAAGCAUGUAGAGGUCUGUAAUUUUUAUCAUAGGUACACUUCAACUGUGAGAGACGGAAUCUAAAACAAAAAUCCAGAAAAUCACAUUGUAUGAUUUUUAAGUAAUUAAUUUGCAUUUUAUUGCAUGACAUAAGUAUUUGAUCACCUACCAACCAGUAAGAAUUCCGGCUCUCACAGAAACUGUUAGUUUUUCUUUAAGAAGCCCUCCUGUUCUCCACUCAUUACCUGUAUUAACUGCACCUGUUUGAACUCGUUACCUGUAUAAAAGACACCUGUCCACACAAAAAUCCAGAAAAUCACAUUGUAUGAUUUUUAAGUAAUUAAUUUGCAUUUUAUUGCAUGACAUAAGUAUUUGAUAUAUCAGAAAAGCAGAACUUAAUAUUUGGUACAGAAACCUUUGUUUGCAAUUACAGAGAUAAUAUGUUUCCUGUAGGACUUGACCAGGUUUGCACACACUGUAGCAGGGAUUUUGGCCCUCUCCUCCAUACAGACCUUCUCCAGAUCCUUCAGGUUUCGGGGCUGUCGCUGGGCAAUACGGACUUUCAGCUCCCUCCAAAGAUUUUCUAUUGGGUUCAGGUCUGGAGACUGGCUAGGCCACUCCAGGACCUUGAGAUGCUUCUUACGGAGCCACUCCUUAGUUACCCUGGCUGUGUGUUUCGGGUCGUUGUCAUGCUGGAAGACCCAGCCACGACCCAUCUUCAAUGCUCUUACUGAGGGAAGGAGGUUGUUGGCCAAGAUCUCGCGAUACAUGGCCCCAUCCAUCCUCCCCUCAAUACGGUGCAGUCAUCCUGUCCCCUUUGCAGAAAAGCAUCCCCAAAGAAUGAUGUUUCCACCUCCAUGCUUCACGGUUGGGAUGGUGUUCUUGGGGUUGUACCCUUCUUCUUCCUCCAAACACGGCGAGUGGAGUUUAGACCAAAAAGCUCUAUUUUUGUCUUAUCAGACCACAUGACCUUCUCCCAUUCCUCCUCUGGAUCAUCCAGAUGGUCAUUGGCAAACUUCAGACGGGCCUGGACAUGCGCUGGCUUGAGCAGGGGGACCUUGCGUACGCUGCAGAAUUUUAAUCCAUGACGGCGUAGUGUGUUACUAAUGGUUUUCUUUGAGACUGUGGUCCCAGCUCUCUUCAGGUCAUUGACCAGGUCCUGCCGUGUAGUUCUGGGCUGAUCCCUCACCUUCCUCAUGAUCAUUGAUGCCCCACGAGGUGAGAUCUUGCAUGGAGCCCCAGACCGAGGGUGAUUGAUCGUCAUCUUGAACUUCUUCCAUUUUCUAAUAAUUGCGCCAAAAGUUGUUGCCUUCUCACCAAGCUGCUUGCCUAUUGUCCUGUAGCCCAUCCCAGCCUUGUGCAGGUCUACAAUUUUAUCCCUGAUAUCCUUACACAGCUCUCUGGUCUUGGCCAUUGUGGAGAGGUUGGAGUGUGUUUGAUUGAGUGUGUGGACAGGUGUCUUUUAUACAGGUAACGAGUUCAAACAGGUGCAGUUAAUACAGGUAAUGAGUGGAGAACAGGAGGGCUUCUUAAAGAAAAACUAACAGUUUCUGUGAGAGCCGGAAUUCUUACUGGUUGGUAGGUGAUCAAAUACUUAUGUCAUGCAAUAAAAUGCAAAUUAAUUACUUAAAAAUCAUACAAUGUGAUUUUCUGGAUUUUUGUUUUAGAUUCCGUCUCUCACAGUUGAAGUGUACCUAUGAUAAAAAUGACAGACCUCUACAUGCUUUGUAAGUAGGAAAACCUGCAAAAUCGGUAGUGUAUCAAAUACUUGUUCUCCCCACUGUAUCUGUCGCACGUUUCUCUCUUCUCGGUCUCUCUCUCCCUCUCUCUAUGUCUCUCUCUCUCUAUCCAUCCAUCAAUCAACAAAUAGACAAACAAAUGUAAUCGUCAGGUGAGGUGACAGAUGUGAGGAACAACUGCCUAACAAGGAAGGAAUCUUGAAAGGAGGAAUCCCACUCCAUAGGACCCAUUCUCUCCUCUGUCUCCAGUCUCCACCCACUCCUUCUAUACACAAUAUUUCCUCUCCCCCUGCCUCUGCUAUGAGCCUGCUAGGCUUUUCAUGUUCAUUCGUUAGUGUGGUAACAGCAGCAGCAGCAUAGGGUGGGGUUUGUGUUGUGUUGUGCAGUAGGGAACAGCUGUCUGUCGUCUGUCUGUGGUGGUGCCGGAGAUAAGACAGCAGCCUGUAGCAGCCCAAACCCCAGUAGUUAUCUCCAUGGAGGAGACACUGGCAGAGCAGAUACUGUCUCGUGUCUGCUCCAUUCAUCUGUGUUGUUCAGUACACACGCGCACACACACACGAAGACAGACACGCACGUCCGACGCACACAGACACACUGCCCCCUGCUCACACUCUCCACUUCCUGCUGGGUGAGACCACAUAUUGUUUCUCAUUGUUCUGCUCUCUAUUAUUGAGUCUACUGUAGUGUUUGGGUAAAUGAUCAAUCAUGGUGAUAAUGCAGUGCCUGUAUAGCUACCCCCUCUCUUCUUGUUCUUUGCCUGCACGAAGUGAUAGCACUCACACACUCCCCUUUGCAACCUUGGUGUUCAUUUUCCUUUAGUCACAUCACUAUAAUCUUGUUGUGUCUGUCUGGUAGCUCCUCUCUAGCCCCUUCUCUCCUCUCCCGUCUGUCUAACCUGGCACUCCCCUCCCUCCACGCUCUCUCUUCUCUUCCUCCCUGCCUACUGAUGUGUUGUUGUCUGCUGCUGUGGUCUGUCUGUGGACCCAGCUGCCUGGUCCUACAUUAGAUAAUGGCCCACUGCAAGGCUAUCAUUAGGCAUCAGCACCCAGGCUGCUCUCUGCUAAUGGACAGACAGACAGACAGAGAGUGGCCUGACCGCAGCCCUGCAGCACUCUACACCCUCUCUGGGUGUCCUCCACUGUCCUCUACCUUCUGCUGCUGCGAAAAACCUCUACUCUGCCCUGUAAUUGUCUGUAAUGGGGGUUUGCUGUUGCUGGAGUGGAGAAAGGUGGUUGGGUUACACAGUGUUUGUGUGUCGUUUGUGUGAUGUGUGUAUUCAAUGGGUGUGCUCGGAGGAAAGGUGCUUGCAACAGGUGUGCGUGUUUGUCUGUGUGUUUUUGCGUGUGACCAAGUGUGUGCAUCUGUGUGUGUGUGUGUCUGCGUGUUAAUUGUUCUCAGUACCUCUCCCCUCUCUCUGUUUACCCAGAUGCGGCCGGAGAGAGAGUGUCGCUCCACAGACAGCAGUCCCUGCCCCACCGGCCCACCAUCCCCAUGGUGGCUCGUAUGGCUGACCAGAACACCUCCGGGACCCCAGUCAUGACAGAGAGAGAGGCCUCCCGCCUGGACAAGUUCAAACAGGUUCUGGCUGGACCCAACACUGACCUU